CUGACUGCUGGGAUUUUUGAAACGGGCGGAAAAGUGUUUAAAUAACUGUUUGUUUUUUUUUUUUAUAUAACUAUGAGGAAGAGAACAAGUAGUAACGCCAGUAGAAGAAGCUCUACAACUAGACGACGCAGUGAUAAUUUGCGUUGUGAUGAAUUCGGCUUUGCUCUCACCAAACGAAAGGACCAAAAACUUCAUCACCGAUGUCAUGAUUACAGCUACCCCAAGCUGAGCUCAGUGAGGGUCAAAGAGCUGUGUGAGCUGCUCAGCUACUGGAAUGGAGCCAGCUUUAUCUGCAAGAGCCAGAUUGAGCGAUUUAUCCGGAUGGGUAUUCCUCCAAGCCUCCGAGGUAGAGUGUGGAAAUGUCUUCUCGCCAUUGACAGUCUGAGAGAAAACAGUGACUUCAACUACCAGAAAUGCUUGUCAGAGGUGCGAGGCCCCCUGGUGGACUUGGGCGUCAGUGAGUACGGCAUCUUGUCGGCAAUUGCCACACUGAGUGACACCCAAAAUGAUCUGGGUCUGAACCAUCAGCAACCCUCCAGCUGCCCCAAGCCCAGAUACUCUGUAGACGACAUCACGCUCUUCAGACAGAUCGCCCUGGACUUACAGCGUUCCUUUCCGACCCACCGCUCUCUGAUGGGGGAGAGUCCAGAGGCCAUUGAGGGUCAAGCAAAACUCUUCAGAGUCCUCAUUGCCUACGCCAAAUACAGCCCACAGGUUGGAUACAGCCAAGGGAUGUCCUACAUAGCUGCGGUGCUGCUGAUGCAGUUGGGAGAGGAGGAGGCGUUUUGGGCUCUGACAGCCUUGUUGGACAAACCCAAAUAUCUGGCAGAACUGUUUGACCUCAACCUCACCAAGGUCCAGCAUCAGGUGAAGGUGUUUGACCAGUUCCUGAAACACAGGAAGCCACAGCUCUCUCAGCACAUGGAGUCAGUGGGAGUCUUAUCAGUCCACUUUGUGAUGCCAUGGUUCCUCACUCUCUUCACUUCCCUGCCCUGCUGGGACUCUGUCCUGGCUGUCUGGGAUCUCGUCAUUCUGCACGGCCUGUCAGCUGUGUUCCGCACUGCUCUGACCAUCAUUGAGCUCCUGGAGCCUCGACUGAUGGACCUGAAUGAUGAGGGAGCAGUGUUACCCCUGAUGUUGAGGGUACCUGUUGAUGUGGCCCAGUACACCGUGUUGGUCCCUGCCCUGUGGAAGACUGAGGUCCAAGACUGGGAGCUUAAAUGUAUGAACAGUCUGGUGUUGGAGGAGUGCCACAAUGUACCCGAAGCAGAACAGUGUGAAAAGCAGAGGGCCACACUGCCAGCCCAAGUCAGUGGUGGGAAAGAAAAAGAAAAUAUAUCAACACCUCCAGAAGAGGACAAGAAGACUGAGCAAGACCCAGCUACCAGGGCCAAAAGUGUACUGACCCGGGUGAUGCGUCUGGCCCAGCGGUACCUGUUGGAUCCAAUGGGUAGACAGAGGGUUGAAGAGAAGGAUUCUCAAACAGAAGCCAAGCCCAGGCAACGGAGUCCUGCACCAGGACGAGUGUUCAAGAGUCUGACUUCGGCUUCACUAACACAAGCUCAGAUCAGAUCUAGGAGGCGGAGCCAGCAGAGAGGCAAGGCACAGCAGCCAGUAGUGCAAGGGAGCAGUAGUGAUGUCACUGUGGCCCCCGUCAGUGUGACUCUCAGUGCUGAUUACGUGAAAACUGGCAGAUCAGGGCAGACCUUCAAGAGGACAGGUACAGGACAGGUUGGCAAGGUUGCCCAUCGUCGUAGCAGCCACAGCCUUAUCCAGCCUAUCAGAGUCAAGUCCGUCCGUCUUCUACGGAGUAACAAGAACCCACAUAGCCAGACUCCUCCCUCCACUUCAAUCCUCCCCUCAUCCCUACGUUCUACUACCCUUCAUCCAUCAUCGUCCAUCCAAUCUUCAAGUCCUCCAUUAUCUAGCGCUCCUCAAAGCGCAGAUCAAAAGCAGCAAGACACACUCAGGACGGCUCUCAUCAAGGAGUGUUCUUCCAGACAUCAGACCAGCAUCCCAUUCAGGAAUCCCAGAGAGUCCAAGCUGAUCUGACUCUAAAGAAGGGAGAGGAACACGAUGGAACAAGUGAAGUGAUAAAAUGCACUAAAUGUUUACAUUAAAGAGGAAACCACAGUAGUUAUGUAAAUCAGUCUAGGACCCAGAUGAGUUAAUGAGUUAAAUAAAGACCCAAAUCAAGUUGCUGCAAAUGUCAUGUUGCAUGCAGAUCAUCUGAAGUUGCUGCUUGUUAUUUAGUACUGUAAAACCAGAUUUCUACAUGACUACUAAGCCAAGUGAACAGAGAGUUCAGUAAAGAGUAAAGAGAGAGUAAAUCUUGAUACUGCUUAUGUUUUCAAUAUAUUGCAUGGGUGUGUGCACACGUGCAUGUAGCCAAGACCUUUUUUGACCGUCUUUUGUACGGCGCUGGUGCUGUUUGUUUUUCCAGUUGACCCAUGAAUGCUUAACCAUGACUCUGUUUUUAUUGUCUUACAUAUUUGGCACUAAUAAAGUAUUGAUAUUCUUUUUAA